ACUGUAGGAACCCAUCGUAGACCGUUAGCUAGAUAGUUCACAUUAUGAAUUUGUGUAACUAUCAAAACAUUGCCACUAAACCGUGAUUUACGUUACAAUGGGAAAUAAAGACAUUGGUCAAUUCAGUAACGAGAGCAGUCGGUGCACCUUCUUUAACUCUGAUUCUGACGACUAUCGAUGUAUGGUAAUUCUCACAGUGAAACGAGCUACAGCUACCUUUUCUUUAAUAGGAUGCAUUGUCAUGUUGUUUGUGAUCUGGCUCCUGCGCCGAUAUCACUCCCUGGCUCAGAAAAUGAUCCUGUGCCUAACUGUGGCAGCUUUCUUCGACAGUAUCGCAUACGUAAUGGGUGAGGAGUACCCAGAGGGAAGACUGUGCAUUUUUCAGGCCUGGUGGCUCAUGUACUUCGACUGGAGUGCCUUGGCCUGGGUCUGUCUCAUCACCCUCAACCUCUACCUCAACCUGGUGAAGGAGAUGAGGACUGACCACUUUGAGAUACUGUACCAUGGCCUGGCAUGGGGGGUGCCUCUCCUGAUGUCAUGCCUCCCCCUUUUUGGAGGGUUCUAUGGCCUUGCCGGAGCCUGGUGCUGGAUCACAGACAGUCACGUAGCCUGGAGAUUUGGCAUAUGGUAUUUUCCACUGUUCACCCUGAUCUUCCUGAUGAUUUGCUGCUACGCCCGCAUCAUCUACGUGGCCAAUAAGAGGAUGCAGUCCUGGUUUGGAACAUUCAACCCUGAGAGGGAGAGGAGGAAGGUGACCCUAGCGGAGGAGAUCAGGCCUCUGAAGUGGUAUCCCUCAGUGUACCUGCUGGUCUCCCUCUUCCCUCUCAUAAACAGGCUGCACAACGCCUGGUACCCGCGGGAUCCCGUGUUCUCUCUGACGUUGCUGCACGUGCUCUCUGCCCCACUGCACGGGCUGGCCAACGCCUUUGUCUUCGGCCUGGACCGAGACACCUGGGGGCAGCUUAGCCUCUCCGGCAUCCAGGGACUCAUCAACCCCGGACGCUUGGAAACCGGUCCCACAUCGGGGAGAGGGGGAGGGCUGUCUGUGUGGAAUUUGUACAGCAUGAGCACACAUUAACACAUCUCUCGCCCGGGCAACCCUACCCAGCCCCUGAAGGGGACAAGGUAUCCCCACCCACCCCAUCUUGCCAUAAGGUCGGUUGCAGUAGCCGUGGGGACAGAUGGGGGAGUGAGUCGCUGUUAAGCGCUGGGGUUCGUUGAGCGCCGUGUGAAGAGGGGGGGAGAUUGGAGGGAAUGAUCUCUGGGAGAUUAUCGUAGCGACGGGGGCUAUGGAAUCGUAUCAGCCGGAGAGGAGCUUGGAGACGUUUACCGAGAUCCAUCUCUUUUUAACUCUUGGUAUUUUCUUUUCUAUCAGACUCCGCUCUGAUAGAACAGUGUCUCCCCACCACAAACAAACUGGCUAAUUUUCUCACCUGGCUGGCGACUAAAAAACUUGGGGAAUCCCCUGGUAGUUUGCUAAUGAAGAAAAGGUGAAUUAUGACAGCUAAUGGUGUCUUGCUAUAUUUGACACCUAUGGGAACUUUAGAAACUAAGCUUGGUUAUCAUUCAUUUGUUGUAUGUGCUUCAUUUACAUUUAACAUUUUCACAGUUAGCAAUGAAGCUACAUAGUCUAAGCAAAUUAAGUUAAGUCCUGCAUGUUUGAUCCGUUAAACGUUCGUUUUUGCGAGGAAUGUUGAAACGGAACAUUUCCAUAACUGUUAGGAGGUCUCCAGCCGGCAAACUGCCCUAGCAGCUUUGUCCGGAAUGCGGCUGUUGUUCACGCACGACCCCAAAAACACGAUCCCGUAGUGUGAAAAUGGCUGCUGGGAGCUGGCUUUUGUUUAUUCUUCACUGAGGAACCUGUCUUUUGAUUGGCUUUUUUCCCAUAUCUACGCUAUACUCUCGUGAUUUUUAUACAUACCAACAAAGCUCUUCUGCUGAAUUUGCCCUUCAGACUUGCUCACACUGGAAACGUUUUGCAAUUCCCAGAACCCCCCCUCCCUCCAGCAGUUGGAAUGUAAAGAGCUGGAGGGAAAGGUUGGGAGAGCACGGCUCAACUGUUGCGCUGACAUUUUGUGCCGUUAAAUAGCUGUAUUUACCAUGUCAUUACCGCAGACGGAGCCGGGACGAGGCGCGGGGAGCCGGUGAUUAGAUGCGCGGGGCGUUAAAUUGCAGGUGUCCCCUCCACGGCGGCGGCUGAGUGGCUCGUGUUUACCGGGCUGCGCCGGCGUGCUGCGCCCUGACCUUUAAUACAAAUGCCAGCGGAGACGCGCGUGAUUAAUGCGUGUUUAUGUGACAA